AAAUAAAAACUGAAGAGUGAUGUUGAGGUGCAGCCAUCUACAGUAUGUCCGUUUCUGAGCUGUUUUAUUUUGUUGAAGUCUUGGUGACUAUGACGAUGACAAUGUGCUUCAAUGUGUUUCUAUUGAACAUGUCUGACAUUCAGCAACUGUGAAAAGCCGGAAAAAAUGGUUUCUGCACGGAUGUGAUAAGGACAAAGACUUCCUGUUGAAUUGAGAUAAUUUCUCAUGGAAUAGGUUUGGUCUGUUAAUACCAUUUUAAAAAGUGUAUGUUUUGUGUGUCAACAAGUAAAAGCCUUAAAGUGACUUAUGACUGUCAUCGUCCAGCUGCACAGUGCCCUGGAAUUUCCACUAGAGCACCGUCCAUGACCUCUGGCAUGGAAAUGGGCUGGCUGCAAUGGUUCUGAGAAGUUGGGUGGGACUGUUUUGUGAUAGAGCCACAGUCCAGAGCAUACUGGCUUCGAGAAGAGUAAGUAUUGUGAUGGAAAGUUAAAUAUUUUUAUGUUAAAAUGUUGAAUCAUGUUUGGUUCAUCGCUUUAUUAUGACCAUCAUAUAAGAUUAAUUGUCUUUUGUUCAAGAUGACUUCAGAACAGGACGCAAUAACCGACAGGAUGGGAGAAGGACAAACAACUGAACUGACCAGGAAAAGGAGGAACCUUCGUCAACUUUGGAAAAAUCACCCCUGCCCUCAAAGCCACAAAGAGGAUAUAACUGGCAGCUAGGGAGUGUCUAUUCCUUGGUAUACAUUACUCUGCAAAGGACUAACUCUGCUCUUCUUGGGCAGAUAGAGUCUCUUAUAAAGUAAGACAAACAAUGUCUUUGAAACAGAGCCAGAACAACACAGAGAGAACAGAGGACCGAUCCAUGAUCCUGAGAAGGGCUGCACAGCACUGGGAUCCAGCAGAACUCCAGUUGGUAAUCAUUUCUUUUAUUUCAUAUAUUCGUGGUACAGGGUGAAAUGUGGGGAAAUAGAAAGAGAUGGGGGAGUACAUGCAGCACAUCGUCGAGGCUGGACUCAAAUCUUCAACGUCUGUGGGGAACGUGGUCCCCAUAUAUGGGGCGUGCUAACCCACUUGGUCAUCUGUACAUUAAUUAAUUUAAUUUAACAUUAAUUUUCACUGUAGUGUUUUUUGAUACAGCCUUGAGAAAUAGACUCUAUUCAAACAAAGUUCUUAAGCUCAUCACAUAAACUGAAAUUUUUUCAACCACAGUUAUGUAAAAAACCAGCCUGAAUGAUGAGACUGUUUAUAACAAACCAGCAAACAGUGGAAAUAAAUGGAAGGAGAAAGGCUCUAAUGUGGCAAAAAAGGGUACUGAAAGUGGUUGGUGUGUGAGGAGAGAACACCCAGAGAGGGGAACGUUAGGGUACUAAUCUAAUGAACUGUCUCAUUCUCCCAAAGGUCACAAAGAUUAUCCUCGACUGUUUGGCUCCACCGGUAACUUUCCAGCCCUCUGGCUCACCUUUAAAGACUGAGAUGAUGACAGUCCACAUCCACCGCACAAAAAUCAUCAACUCUGAGUCCAAUAAGCCAUUCCUUCAGACUUAAUUUCUCUAAGAGCUACAAAUUUUGAAGGCAGCUCUAAACAUCAUUGGCAAGACACUGGACACUGCUAUAAGACUCCUAAUGCCUCUAAAUGGGAGGACCCUCAACUGGUUUUCUGAAUGUGGUCACGACAAGAUGGGAUGGAAGCAGCUGGCUGAAUUUUACACUGUAGACUGCAAUGGGAUUGUUUAUAACUUUGGAGAAAAUGUAAACCAACGUUCAAUGAACUGAAAACACCAGCUUGCUAAGACUUUAUCAGCUCUUACACUAUUUUUACAGGAAAGUUACACUCUGACAUGUCCCCAUUGGAAAUACAAAAGGACAAGGAUUUAAUACAAGCCCUAAAUGACAGUUGAAGGGUCAAUGGAUUACUACCAAUAAGUCAAGACUGGUAAAACUCACUUGGGUGUUACAAAUCCAGCAAUAUGGAGCCAGUUGAAGCCAAGAAAAAUGCUUUUCUGGGAGGACAGAGACCUGUCUAUGGCUAUAGAAAGGCUAGCACACAGUAUACAUUAAUGACAACUCCAUGCCAUCAACCAGGAAAGAAAAAAAAGAAGUGAGUUGAGCUCCACAUGGUAACAUUGAGGAUGUUUGAGUCCCUCCGUAAAGGCAAAGCCACGAAUAGAGGCAGCUGUGGCGAGGACCUGGACCAGGACGGUAUGUAGAGACUUAAAAGUAUUAACGAUGAUUUCUCUGAUAUUAGGUAUCAAAGUGGUUUGUUAUUUGACAAACCCAUGUGUAAAUAUGUCGUGGGGUGAUAGGCGGUGCCACGCACUAUGCAAAUAUUACGUAUGAUCUACGCAUGAUCUACGUAUGAUCUACGCAUGCGCAUUUUGCAUCGAGUCGUCCAUGUUGUUCUGACAGCAAGCUUGCAAUGGCAGCGCGUCAAGUAAGGAAAUUAUUUGUCUUUUAAAAAAAAUUAACGAUUGAUGGUGUUUGACCAAUAGAGACAGAAAAAUUUGUGAUGUAAUAUUGUUAACAUUAUAAGUUGUGUGUGGUUGUUGCACCGGUAAAACUUGCACUGGUAAAAUAUUAGCAUGUGAAGCUAAUGAUUACGUUUGCCCUUGACAUCGAUGACCAUGAUGACUGAAAACUUGAAGGAGAAUUAGUCUGGAGUGUUUUGAUUAAAAUAUGGCAAAUUUAAUUCCAACUGUAUUAUUUAUGACUUUGCAGAUAUCUUUCAAGAUUUUGGGCAGUUUUCAGGUGUUAAAGAAUGUCUUCACCAAGACGGGCAGCACCACCGUUAAAGCAUUUGACAAACAAACAGCAGUGGGACCAGAGAACGUAGGUUCUUGUACUUUUAGAUGAGCCCGGAGAAUCAGUUUGAGUCUUUUGAUCAACACAUUGCAAAUAAAAAGUUUUCAUUGUAUAUUUUUUAUGAAUGUGCAGGUAUCUCUGAAGGGCUUUGGCAGAAUAAAGGUCUUUUUCAGCAAUGUCCUGGCCAAGGCGAGAUGUCGCACAGUCAACAAAACAGCAAUGGGACAGAAUACUGUACGUUCUUGUACUCUAGCGUUUGAAAUAAAUCAGAGAGUGCAUAACAGAAAAACCUGAAAUAGACUUAUUGUAAAACAUCAUUAAGUGUUAUGCACAACACUAGAAAGACUUCAUAGGUAAUAACUUAAAUGCACCUAACAUUUAUUUAACCAUAGUAACCCAUAUAGGCAUGCAGCUUUAUAGGCCUUUAGGUGAAUCAGUUUGUGUUUUGAUUUACAUAUAAUACUUGAAUUGUUGUUGUAUCUUUAUGGUUUUGCAGAUAUCACUGAAGUAUUUCGGCAGUAUUGACCUGCGGCCUGGUCUGCUGAAAUGUGACAGUGGAUUUGGCCUCAAGAUCGGCCUUCCAUUCCAGGUUUGCUUUGUGCUGCUUAGUAAACAAGAUAAACUCAAAAUAGUAUGGUCACACAGUCUUCAUUAAUAUUGGUGAUUUUUGCUGUGCAGUUUUUUAGUUGUUUUUUGUUCUUUUCGUUGUCAGGAUGCCACCGAUGGGCCUGUUGAAGGACCUCCCAGGUAAAUUCAUUCUUGUCAUCAGUUGCUCUUCUUUUUAUUAUGUAUGAACAUUUUUUCUUUGAUUUUUACAUUAUUGUAUCUGUCAUGUUGCCUAUUAGUUCACCGGAAACCCACAUUAAGGAUGAUGGGGACUCUCAGAUGGAUCCAAACAGGUUCGUAUUGAUAAGUGUCUGAGCAACAAGUGGUGAGGACACGGCUGGAUCCACACCUCUUACAAAUCUUUAAACAGUGAAUACUGGUGAUUAAACACACAUAACAUUUAGUACAUGACUUGAUACAUUUACACAGUUUUAAGAUGUAAAUGUUACUCAUUGAUAACCAGUUGAUUCCUUAUGCAGUACUGUGGUGCCUGAGCCGCCCACUUCAGAGGAGGAGGAGGAGGAGGAGGAGACCUCGAUGGAGUUGGACUGAAGAAACAAGAAACCUGACACUACCAAUAUUGUUGUUGUGCAAGAUUGCAGUGUCACACUCUUGAUGGAUUUCAAACAAAAGAUGUGAUUGUUUAAACCUUGGUUCAUGUGAGAGAUAUUUCUUCUUCUUCUAUUCAGUUUAACCCUUAGUUCCUACUAUGUCCGUUUUGAGGACAUUUGUCAUUUUUUUCAUCUUUAUUUUAAGUUUUCUGUCGCCACAAUUUAGCUCCAUCCACCCUACUUUGUCCUCAAAUUGGACAAUAGACUUCCAUUAAAAACACAUUUUUUGACCAUGUGUUUAUGGCACCAUAACAACAUAUUACAACCUUUUUUUGGCAGUCAAAAAAAUGUUCAAAAAUGAUUACUUUAUGAACACUUAUCUGCAUGUCUGUUUUGGAGACAAAGUAGGCUGGAUGGAGCUUAAAAUUAACAGGAACCAAGGGUUAAAAAGGGAUAGUUUUUUUGUUUUUGUUAGUAAUUUAUUUCAGCUGUUGCUUCUCGUCUGUCACCUCGAAACAAUGAUGCUCUCCUUUGUGCUUUUUCUCAACCUUUCUUGUCCAAAUAAAAACCUCAUGAAAUAAAAUGUGAAAAAAAACUUGAUGUCUACUGAGUGUUUUUCUUUUUAUAGCUAGGUUUUGACAGCAACACAUUUAUUGAAAACAACAUGGACUCCUAAAAUCUCUGUAAAAGUACUUCCAGGUAAAUACUAAGAAAGCUGUAAAACUGCUUAUCUCUCAACCAAAGACCUCUGUUUGGGGCUAUUUCAUGAUUAUUUGCUGUAUUUGAGUCUUUUUUUCUGCUCUUACUUCCUAAGUGUAAAGUUAUCCAUGGUUUUACUUACCUCCUGCCCAAACUUGAA